UGCUGUCCUACACGGGAAACAGAGAAGCAAUAAGAUCAACAUUUCUUGAAGAGAAACAGAAGAACUAAAGCAAGAAAGCAGAAAGAAUUAAUAUUAGAGCCGGUAAACCUACAGUUUGGAAACAAGAAAUGGAGAGCACUGGCUCCUCAGCAGGGCGCCUCUGGGAGUUGAAGUUCGAGCGCAGUUCCGGGAGGGGAGGCGCCUUUCCCGCUCUCUCCAACUCGGCCCCUAGCACCGCGGAACUACGAGUCCCAGGGUCCCUUGCGGCCGCCGUAGUCAAGUGGCCGGUGGAAUUGGCCCAGGAUGACAGCUGGAGAAUGGAGUCAGUUUUAUCCAAGUAUGAAAACCAGAUUACUAUUUUCAAUGACUACCUAGAAGACUUUCCAGAUACAGAUGAGCUGGUAUGGAUCUUGGGAAAACAGCAUCUUCUAAAAACAGAAAAAUCUAAGCUGUUGGCUGAUAUAAGUGCUCGUCUGUGGUUUACAUACAGAAGGAAAUUUUCACCAAUUGGGGGAACGGGCCCUUCGUCCGAUGCUGGCUGGGGAUGUAUGCUCCGCUGCGGACAGAUGAUGCUGGCUCAAGCCCUUAUCUGCAGACACUUGGGAAGGGACUGGAAUUGGGAGAAGCAGAAAGAACAACCCAAAGAAUACCAACGAAUCCUACAGUGCUUCUUAGAUAGAAAAGACUGUUGCUACUCUAUUCAUCAAAUGGCACAAAUGGGUGUAGGAGAAGGGAAAUCAAUUGGCGAAUGGUUUGGACCAAAUACAGUUGCACAGGUGUUAAAAAAACUUGCUUUAUUUGACGAGUGGAAUUCCUUGGCUGUUUAUGUUUCGAUGGAUAACACCGUGGUCAUUGAAGAUAUCAAAAAAAUGUGCUGCGCCUCUGCCUUGAGUGCUGACGCAGCAGUGGAGAGCCGCCGUGACUCACUGAAUGCUUCGACCCAGAGUAAGGGCCCCUCUGCCUGCCGCCCAGCCUGGAAACCCCUGCUACUCAUUGUGCCCCUGCGCCUGGGCAUAAACCAAAUCAAUCCUGUCUAUGUCGACGCCUUCAAAGAGUGUUUUAAGAUGCCACAGUCUUUAGGGGCAUUAGGAGGAAAACCAAAUAACGCCUAUUAUUUCAUAGGAUUCUUAGGUGAUGAGCUCAUUUUCCUGGACCCUCACACAACCCAGACCUUUGUGGACACUGAAGAGAAUGGAAUGGUUGACGACCAGACUUUCCACUGUCUGCAGCCCCCCCAGCGAAUGAACAUCCUGAACUUGGAUCCUUCAGUGGCAUUGGGAUUUUUCUGCCAAGAAGAAAAAGACUUUGAUAGCUGGUGUAGCCUUGUUCAGAAGGAAAUUCUAAAGGAAAAUUUAAGGAUGUUUGAAUUAGUUCAGAAACAUCCACCGCACUGGCCUCCCUUUGUUCCUCCAGCCAAGCCAGAAGUGACAACCACUGGGGCAGAAUUCAUUGACUCUACUGAACACCUAGAGGAGUUUGACCUGGAGGAAGAUUUCGAGAUUCUGAGCAUAUAGAAUAGUGGGAACUCAACUGGGAGAUCUGUCUUCCGUCUGGCAACAGAAGAACAUGAGCUCAUCACAUAAAACUCUUCUAGUCAGCAAGUGCCUGAUAUGCCAACAGCAUACGAACUUGAUAGCAAUCAUGACUGAGCCAAUCACCGUUUCUCAGAAAAAAACAAACAAAUGAACAAUAACACCCUCCCCCCCCCCCGAGAGAACUAAAACAAUCAUGGAAUCCAGGAGCAGAAAGAUUAGAAGUUGUCUCUUGCUUCCCAGCUCCUUACAUGGCCACAGCACAUCUUCAGCUACUGAAAUGAGGAGGUGGACGUCUGGAAGACAGAUAGCAACUCCCACCUUGCUUCCAGCACCAGCAGAUAAGAGAUGGUUACCCUGUGCUUCUUCACCCUUCCAGGUUUGACCUCUUUGGGCUAAACACUAAGAAGCAGUCUGUUCUUUUGCUCUAAUAAUAAAGUGAUAAUCAUUGCAUCAGG